UUUAAAAUACUAUAAAAGCCUUUUACUUUCGUCAUUCUAUACCACUCAACAUAAUUUCUUUCUCGCAGCAAGUAUUCAAGCAUCUCUACGAACAACAACAAAACAUCAAGGCGCCAUGCUUUUCUGUUUCGACGACGGAUCUGGAGCGAAAAAGGCUUCGACAAAUCCACGUUCGGCUACCACCAUCUUGCCAAUGUUCUUUGCUUCGACUCUCUUUGUUUUUGUGCUGGUUGGACAGGUCAACAGUGAGGAUGUUGGAUUCUUCAAGCACACUCUGAAGGAUGGUCAAGUCACACUCGCUAAUGAUUCCAAGGCUGUCGAAGCAGGAGACGACUACAAUCUUAAAAAUUACACAAGGCUUAAUGGGUCCUGUGAUGUUGAAAUCAAGAACGGAAGCAUUGUGCUCUACUACAAGAGGGAAAACGGAAAGAACAUAAAGGACGAGGGCUGCACUGUGGAUUUGUUCACCAAGCAUCCGAACAUGAUCAAGUUCAGGACCGGGGUGAAAAACAAAACUGCAGACUGCCUAAAAAAGUGUAGUGGGACAAGUAUUUUUGAUGGUGCUAGUGCAAAUCUCAUUCCCUUCGCCUACAGUUUAAAAGGGAAUAACAUCACGGAAAUCAGGAACAGAUCGCGUUUUGGAAAAGGGCAGGAUUGUUUAGAGAGGUGUGAUAAUGGUAAUUGCAUGGAAUGGACUUCUCUCGAGGUUGGUUGGAACAUAUGCUUUUAUGAGAAAAAACGCCAAGUCAUUGCUCACACCCAUCCAAUUGGUGAGAGCCUGGCUAUAUGGAGUCGAUCAAAAGUGUUUAACAAAUUCAAUGAAUUUGAGCUGACGAUAACAGGUCAAGGCGGGUUCUACAUGGAUGAAUCAGUAAAGGAAGUAUAUAAUCCAGAAGAUAAAGGUGCAGAACAUCCAUACUGCGUUCCGGAAGGAAAUGGCACUGUCAAACCUGAGAAUUGGGAAAUCAAUGGGAGUCCGGCUCCAGGAUAUGAUCAUCUGCUUGUCUUCUACAUGCUUCCACAGAGCGCUUCUCGAAAUCACAGCAAAGGCGAAAUCGUCAAAGAUGAUCCUCCUGAUGGUCCAAAAUGUGAAGAACUCUACAUUGAGUUUGACAUGCAGAACUACACUCUUUUGGCUGUCGGCGAUCCACCCACCACUACCACCACCACAACAACGACUACAACACAACCGCCAACUACCACCACUACAACCACUUCAACGACCACCACAUCAACACCGGCUCCUGUAAAGACGACAGAAACGACGACGACAACAACGGAAAAACCUAUAUAUCGGAGCGAUGACUUUUGGCGUGGUGUUAUUUUUGGAGGAUUUCUUGCCUUCAUAAUGCUUUCCUGCUUUUGUUGUAUAAUGACCACCUGCUGUAAUAAGAGGACCAAUCGAUUCUGCGGCAAAACUUGUCUAAUGCUUCAUGCAAUAAACCUCACCAUCUUCACAUUAAUUGGACUCGGAGUCUUCUUCGUCUACACUAUGGUGGAUAAUCCAAGUGGACUCAUCGUCUUCAUCCUCAUUCUAAGUCUUACUUGCUGCUGUAUGGUCUCAACAUGUUGCAUCGUUCACAAGUACUACAAAUACGAAGAAGGGAAGCUAAAAGACCAGGAAAAACGAAGGAGGGAGAAAGAAAAAGAAGAAGAAAAAGCAGCAAGACUGAAGCACGCGCAAUACAAAAAAGAAAUCGACCAGGUCAUCGACGAAUAUAUUGCAGCGACCAAGGAUUUCGAAGACAUCAAUCCGGAAGUGAUCAAACAUGCGAAGAAAGCUCAAAACCUGCGGCCGCGUCAAAUGCCUCUUCCACCUUACUGUUCAGUUGGUCUGAGCACGGAUUCUGAUCGACAUCAGUUUGAUCGGGAGAAGGACACGACUACAGCGAAUUCACUGAUGGGAGCCACGGAGACUUCGAAGAUGGAGGCCGCGGAACAUUCGAAGAUGGGCGGGAAAUCGGAGGAGGCAAAGGUGGAGGAGAAGUCGAAGAUGGGGGAGAAAUCAAAGAUGGAGGAGGACAAAGCAAAGAUGGAGGCCACGGCAAAGGUGGAGGAAAAGUCGAAGAUGGGGGAGAAGUCGAAAAUGGCGACCACUGCGAAUUCGAUGAUGGAGACCAACUCGAAAAUGGAGGAGGAGGACAAGUCGAAGAGCAGCCAGCAGGAAUGAUGAGAGGACAAUAAAAGAAGCUAUAAGUGUUCCAGAGAAGAAAA